AUGUUGUUGCAGUGGGGAAGAGUGGCUGCCUAGUUGUCCCCCUCCCCCUCUCUCUCGCUCUCCCUUGUAAAAAUACAUUAUUUUCUUCCCUCACUUUAACCUCUCCCUCAUUAUACAACAUACCGAGACUGCCAGCUCCAGUAAGCCAGAAGGGGCUCAACGUACGCUGCUGCUCAGAGCUUGUGAAGUAAGAACAAUGAGUGGCCUGAACGGGGUGACCGGUUUCGUCCUUGCGGUUUUGGUGGCCUUCCUCGGUGGCCUGCCAGGGGCUCUUGGGGGCAACAUCCUCAUCUUCCCCUUGGAUGGCAGCCACUGGGUCAACAUGAACCUCCUGAUCGAGGGACUCCACGCCCGGGGUCAUCAGGUCACUGUGGUGCGCUCGGCCAGCAGUUGGUACAUCAAGGAGUCGUCGCCCCACUACCGCUCUAUCUCCAUCACUGUGCCUGGGGGCAUGCACAUUGAAAAACAAGACUUCUUUACAUCCUUCCUCGUCAAAAUGCUGCAGAUCCAAAGGGAAGGCGCAUCGCCUUUGGCUUUUGUGUCCUUCUACUCAUACAUGAUGUCGGCGCUGUCAGGAAUGCACCAGCAGGCCAGUCAGUUUGUGGUGGAGAUGUUUGAGAACAAGGCUUUGAUGCAGAGCCUGAGGGAUAGCCAGUACGACGUGGUACUCUUGGACCCAGGGCUGCCCGUCGGGGUCCUGGUAGCCCAUAAGCUUGGGCUACCCACUGUCUUCAAUGUUCGCUGGAUCACCAGCGGAGAGGGGCAUUUCGUGGUGGCCCCAUCGCCCGUGUCCUAUGUCCCCACCGCUGGUUAUGCCACUUCGGACCAAAUGACCUUCGGCAAGCGAGUUGGGAAUGUGUUCAUCUACCUCCUCAACAUGAUCAUUGAUAUGUUCGUGAUCAGCCCACACUACGAUAAGCUGGUGAAGAGAUACUUUGAGCCAGGUACAAACUUCUACCACCUUCUGCAGGGGACGGACCUCUGGCUCAUGCGGGUGGACUUUGUUUUCGAGUUCCCCCGGCCCACCAUGCCCAACAUUGUCUACAUUGGAGGCUUCCAAUGUAAACCCUCCAAACCUCUACCGACAGAGCUGGAGGAGUUUGUCCAGAGCUCGGGAGAACACGGGGUUAUCUUGAUGUCACUGGGAACUCUUGUCAAAGGCUUGCCCGUGGAGAUCACCUCGGAGAUCGCCGCCGCUUUCGCCCAACUUCCCCAGAAGGUCAUCUGGAGGCACAUGGGCAAGCAACCCAUCGGCCUGGGCAACAACACCCUGCUGGUCAAGUGGAUGCCCCAGAACGACCUCCUGGGUCACCCCAAGGUCAAGGCCUUUGUGGCCCACGGUGGCACCAAUGGCCUUUACGAAGCCAUGUACCACGGGGUGCCGGUGGUGGGGCUUCCGCUGCUCUUCGACCAGUUCGAGAACGUCUUACGCCUGGAGGUGCGUGGAGCGGCCAAGGUGCUUGAAGUCACCAAGAUCUCCAGCCAGAGCUUCUUGGAGGCUGUACAGGAAGUCCUCUACGAUCCGUCCUACAGGACCAGUAUGGAGCGGCUCUCAAGCCUGCACCGGGACAAGCCCACGCAUCCUCUGGACACCGCCCUCUUCUGGAUCGAAUUUGUCAUGAGACACAAAGGGGCCGCCCACCUGCGAACAGAGUCUUACAAGAUGCCCUGGUACUCCUAUCAUUCACUGGAUGUGAUUGGAUUCCUACUGGCUGUUUUGUUUGUGCUGGUAGCCAUUACUGUGGGUUCAAUCCACUUCCUGUGCCUCAGACUAUGCAGGAAGCGUAAACCCAAACAGGAGUAAGGAUUGGCUCUUGAAUACAACAGGAAGUGACCUCACUUCUUACCAUAUGACUGUGAACAAAUAAGUUCCCCCUUUUUCCUCUCAAACAUGUCUGUUGGUACUCAACAAGAGAACAACAGGAUAUCUUCAUAAAGUACCAGUGUUUUCUUUUUUGUUACACUGUAUAGGUUAAAAUGUAUAAUGAGAGCUCACUUAGAUUUUUAGCAUAUAUUUUGCAUUACCAUUGUGCUUUAGCCUUAUAACUUUUUAACUCCUAUAGUGACUGGGAUGACUAUGAGCACUACAGUUUGAUUCUUUAUGAUGAAAUAAAAUGGUUAUAAAUAACGA